AUGGCAGCGCCGACGCGAGAGCUGAAGGAAUGGCUGCAGGAGUGGCCCGCGGUGUGCGAGCUGGUGGAGGAGCUGGUGCUGAGUCUCAAGCGCAGACAACUGAUUGGCUCGUACGAGACGGCUCGCAUGACGACGCGCGUGCUGAGCAAAGUGCUCGAGACAGUCAAGUGGACGACGGCCGGCGAGAUCCUCGACAAGAUCCGUCAGCUGGGACACAUGCUCACGAAAGCCCACGCCCACGAGCUGGUCAUUGGCAACGUGGUGCGCCGCGUGCUCUACAUUAUCCGCGAAGAGCACUCGAACGCGCUGAAGCUGUCGUUGGCGGAUACCGCCAAUGGCAGCGCCGUUGCGCCCGUACCAGCUCCUCUCUCGAGUCACAGCAGCACUUCGUCGCGGUCGUUGGGUACGAUCUUGACACCAGGUACUGACACGGACCUCUCGAUUCCCAUUGCCGACUUGAAGAUGUCUGUGAUGGAAGGCAUUGCCGAGCUCGUGGAUGAGAUCGACAGUCUGCACGUGAACAUUGCUGACCAGGCCAUGGAGUACAUCCACACCGACGAAGUGAUCUUGACGUUUGGAAGAUCGCUGUCGGUUGAGGCUUUCCUCAAGACAGCGGCCAAGAAGCGCUCGUUCAAGGUGAUUGUAGUCGAGUCUGCGCCUUCACUGAAUGGCCAACGCACGGCCCACGCACUGGCAGAAAGCGGUAUCCACGUCACGGUGAUACCGGACAGUGCCGUCUUCGCCUUGAUGGCACGCGUGAACAAGGUCGUGGUUCCGGCUGCUGCAGUGGUCGCCAACGGAGGGCUGAUUGCUCAGUCGGGACUGCAGAACAUCGCCUUGGCCGCCAAAAAGUGCUCGGUGCCUGUAGUGUGCGUGGCGGGUCUGAUCAAGCUGUCUCCGUUGUAUGCUCACGAUCUGGACGUUCUGAGCGAGCUUCUGGCUCCAUCCAGCAUUUACGACUACGAGGACACUGUUGACAACCUCGAGGUGCUGAAUCCGGCGUACGACUACGUCCCGCCCGAGUGUGUCAGGAUUUUCAUCACCAACACAGGAGCUCACCAGCCGUCGUAUAUCUACCGUCUGCUCGCCGAGUAUUACUCCCCGCAAGACUACCAGCUCAGCUAG